UGUUCUCUAAAGUUCAGCUGAAGCGAAUCUGAGGUUUUCACAGUGCUCUGUUUCCAUGGUGAGCUCUGGUAAUGUCACAAGUAAAUUUGAUACAGAAAUUAAAAUAUCUUUGGGAAAAGAUCUCAAUUCUGCAAUGACAGACUUCAUUGAAAUUUCAGCUACAGCUUCACAAUGCAUUUUUACACAGAACUCCUGCUGUGGACUUCCAUUAGGGAGGAGUCUUUCAAAGGCCAAUAUUGAGAGGAGUAACAGCUGCAGCAACCUGUAGCUCUUAAAUCCCUUUUUUUUUUUAUAUAGAGCGUUAAAAGUUUUGCAAAGCCAGGGGACGGGGUUACUUGAUUGACAGCCCGGUCUGGAAUAAUUGACAGGUCCUAUGGAGGAGGAGGCCGCCGAGACUCUGCUCUCCUCGUUUGGAUUAAUUCUGAUAUAAUAAUUGUUGGUUUAUUUAUCGGUGGAGCAGCAGAACCUCUUCCACAAACAGUUUUUCUGCCUGUUGGCUUAUUUUAACCAGUUUUCUACCUUCGGCUGAUUCUACCAGCAGACACCGAAAGGACUCUGAUUGGUCGGUGUCUCAUGUUGACUAUGAGGAUCUUCUGAGUGAAGCCAACAAAAGGAAAACCUCAUCUAGUUGUGAAGAAGGAGACUGAAUAGACGAUAUCCUCAGUGAACCACUUCCUGUUUCACUUUCACUUACAGAAGGACAGAACAACAGUUUAUUAUUCUAUGUUGAGCAGACAGGUGCUCUGCUUUGGAGUGUGACGAUGUUGUUGGUGAUGUGGAGACUGAAGUUUCCGUUUCACCCACAGCAUGCUUUAAGUCACCCGGGUCGGACUUGAUGUUUGAAAUACUGACAAACAGCUCAGAUUUAACUGUCUGCAGUUCUGUUUUGAUGGAUGUUAAAUUUUCACUCAAAGCCACCAGGAGCUGGGUCUUUAAAAUAACCGCCGUCUCGUUACAGAGUGAAAGUAGCAGUUCUUCCUUAAGGUCAGAGAUUGCAGCAUCUGAGGGCCUCUUCAAAAGAAGAUGGAGUUUAUCUGAUCUGUAACUCAGUGAGUUAAGGGUUUUCCUAUAGAGCUGCAGGUUGCUGGUUCAAGACCAGACCUUGCUUAAACUUUUUGAAAAACUUAGACAAAGAAAUAAAGAAAAUUGCCCAUGGUGGGACUCAAUCCUGCUACCUUCCACUUGGUUGUCUCUCUUCUUAUCGCCCUGAGCGACUCACGGCUUGGCUUGUUUGAAAAGUUUCCUUUUUUUUCCCCAAUGUUUAACUUUAAAUCUUUCAGGUUUUUCUUUUUAAAUGUUUUAUUACCUUUUAAUGUUUAAUUUUCUUUUUAAAUGUUUCAUUGUAUUUUCUGUUUAAUUCCUAUUUAAAGUUUUAUUUUCUUUAAGAUUUAAUUUUCUAAUUAAAUGUUUAAUUUUUUAAUUAAAUGAUUUGUCUUUUUAAAUGUUUAAUUCUUUGAAAUAUUUCAUCUUUAAUGCUUAAUAUUUGUUUAAAAAAAACAUACCAUUUCAUAAUUACAUGUUUAGUAUCUUCUGUUUAAUUAUAAAUAUUUUGUCUGAUAUAAUUUAAUUGUAUUUAAUGUUUAAUUUUCUUUUAAAAGUUUUAUUGUAUUAAAUUGCUUCUUAAUUUUUUUUCUGUCAAUAUUUUAACCCCAACCUUAAAAAUGAAAAACCCUUAAAUCACAAUGAAAAUACUUCUGUUGUUACAAUCAUGAGUUAGUCAGUUAUUCAGUUUAUCAAUUCAACAUUAUUUGUUUAGAACCGUUCACACAGAUGACAAAACUACACAAAGAGAAAAAAACACAAUUAAAACUCAAAAACAUUAAAAAAAAUUAAAAAAAAAGAUUUAACAUAAAAUAUGUUGUGUCCAGGGGAUGAAGGGAGUUCAUUGAAGUCUUUUUGGGCUCACACAGAAAAUCAUUUAAAAUAGAAACUUGAUAUUCAGUCUAAGGAAACUGCAGAGCGACAGAAGAACCAACAAUAUCUCCAGUUUUCUCCUUUAAUGAGUCCAUUCUUCUGGUGCUUUCAGACCAAAGAACUACAGACUCUUCACAACCUGCUUAAACUCUUGGUACAGGACCUCACCACACGGGUCAAGAAGUUUCCUUCUCAUUUCUACUCUGAAGCGCACCUUCUCCUGCUCAAACUACUGAAAUGUUUCUGCUGCUCUAAAGUCUGGUCUCCAGAACUUCCUAAAAACUCUCAAAGUCUCUUCUGCUGCAGGUUGCUUUGUAGAACUGUUCCAGAAAACCUCACUAAACCACAUGGAGGGGCCUCAAGAUAGUCAUCCAAAUGAAACCGUACAAAACCAAACUAGCACAAACCAAACACUGAAGUCUCCUGCAGCCUACCAGAGAAACAGAAUGUGUCUGACCAAAAACCUCUAAAGACUCAAUACAGCCAAGAUAAAGAUACAACUCAGCUGCACCAAAUCCACUAAUCACUGCACACAUUAGCACCAUGUGCUAACUGUGGCCGAAGAACCACAUUUACCAAGACAACUAUCCAGUACAAAGCCCUAAAACACACCAAAAAACACAUUAAAGACAAUUUUACUGCUGGAAGCUGCAAGGCAACUCCUAAAGAACAAACUAAAGCAAUGAAGCCAAACCCAGUUCAGUGAAGAGAAACAGAGUAAAUGUUUGACUGCAGACAUAAAGCAGGAAGACACUGAGCUGCUCAGGUGUUCCUGAUAACACCAAGCAGCCACCUGGACAGCCAAUAGGAACACAGCUUACUGGAAGUCCAGAGGGCUGGCUUAGUAAAGUAAAUUUAGUUUUAAGUUGAAGCAGAAAGUUAAAGAAAGUUGAAAACCAUCUUCUGAUACCUGAAAUCUCUGAGUUUUCACACAAAGAACGCCUGAACAUGUCAAAUUGGUUCCAUCGUGGAACCAUCAUUGUAAAAACAUCAUAGUAUGGUGUGUUGCUCAAAAAACAUUACGAUUACUAGGGUCGCCGAGGAGCAUCACAAAAACAGGAAAGAGAAUCAAAGUUUGUUCAGGAGUUAUUCUAGAACCCAUUUCCAUGGAAAUGUGAAAUGUCACUGUGACCACUGUGCAAUGAUUCACUGCAGUGUACUUCUCUUAACCUCACACUGGGGUGUUUUAGGGGCUUCCAGCUCCUCUGCACUACUAAAAGGGAAGUGCAAACCUGGAAUUCCCUUAUGCUGUAAUUUUACAAUGUAAAUACAGCACAAACACAGAACUAGUUCAGGGAGUUACUGUGUAGCUAUUAUUGGAUUUAUGGUAUUGAAAGUAAUUAUCUGUUAGUAAAGGCUGUAUCUGGUUCAUUAACCACAGUAGAUUGUCACUGAGGUCAGAAUCAGAAAUACUGUAUUGAUCCCUGAAGGGAAAUUACUUGUUGUUGAAAAGAUCCCCAUUCAGUGGUUUCAGAAGUUCCUAAAAUGAAAGUGUGUUUUGUCAAUGGAUCAUCUGAAUGAAAUACACUGAGGAUAUUUUUUUUAUAGUUUAUGCUGUGUAAACUUUAAAGUGAACCUCUGCAGUACAUGUUUUGACCACUGUGUGGUGAACGCAGGCCAGAGCUUCUAAUCCAGAGUGAGAUGUUUAGAAGCUGCAUGUUAUGUAUGUGUCAGCAGUCUGGACCUAGAGAACAGGAAAACACAAUGCAAGCACCUUUUCAACACCCGCCCCCUGUACAACUAAACUGUGGGCUUAAACCCAUAAUGGGGGGCUUAGGGAGUCAUGAGAAGGGCAUAACACUCAUCACAAUAGAGAUGCGCCCACUGGCAAAUUAUAGUAAUAAACUGUCAGGGUCAGAACAGCACAAUUUAUCACUGUUUGUAUUGUUAUUUUCAUCUGCAAACCUCAAAAACUGUCCAUCAUAUGAAACAGAACUUAAAAAGAUAACUAAUUUUUGGGACAUGUAAAUUACAAACGUAUUUUCUCUUGACAUCCGCCGAACUCUAGGAUAUCUACAGCACAAAGGGUAUCUAUCUAUCUAUCUAUCUAUCUAUCUAUCUAUGGAACAGCAAACACACACUUUCAGUACUGACAGCAACACAAUCGGAUCAUAGAAACGAGCAGAAACUGUGGCUGCCAGCGUUUUGUUUCCAUGCAUGAAAGGAGAAAGGCAGCGAGCUCAGCAUAAUCCUUUCAGAGCACCACAGCCGUCCCUUUGGCUGCCCUGGUCAGCAUGAUGCUCCAGUGCAGAUGAUCAAUGCCAGGCCUGCUCUCCCCUCUUCCUCUCCAGCCGUGGAUUUUCCACUGCUUUAUCCAACCUGAGCCUCCAAACCAAUCCACCGCACACAAUGUAAAACUCUGCCUAAUCAGUUCUGCUGCCACAAACCUAAUUUGUACGAAUCCAGAUCACAAGUGGGAGAAAUUGAGAAAUUGCUCGAGCUUCAUGGGUCGCGGUUUUGAUUAGAGUGAAUGUGAGGUCAUCAAAGGCAAAUGAUGGGAAAUCACUGAGAAAAUGACACUGUAAUCAUAUUAAUUGCUGUGCUUGUGAAAAUAUCAACAUUACUGGAAGCGAUGUAAAAGUUUAAUGCACUCCACUUCCCUCUUACUGAUUUUCACCCACUGCUUUUCUAUUUAAAGGGUUGCAGUUUCUCAAGAGGGGGUUUCACACUUUGAGUUGCUCUAGGUGGUGUUUUUUCCCCUCUUCUCCUGGUUAAUGUUUCAGUCAGGCUUUUGGAGGUGCUUAGGUGCUUCAUUUAAACCUCCUCCAGUAAAACCAGAGGUGUAGUUGAACCUCUAAAAGGCUGGAAAACAUCCAGCGUGAUGCUCUUAAACAUCUUUAUUUAGCAGAUGAUUAACCACAUAUGAUUAAACACACAUUUCUUAAUUAUUUCUGUGCUUAUUAAAUUUGCAGCCUGUUAUUCCCGGUUUGCUGGUUUCUCUCUGAGCUGAGGGAGGUCAGAGCAAAAGAAGGGUUAAAUGACUUUGUUUUGAUUUGUGGCAUUGUGCACUGACCCCUCCCCUGGUCUCGGUGGCACUUCGGUGGACCUGGGGUGUUAUAAAAAGGCCUCCGAGCUCCCCCUGCUCUGGUAAAGAGGCUGAAUGUCUGCAGGACAUGCUUAACGUUUGUCUAUCCAUGUUCUACUACUAACAACCAGCGGGGUUGGCAUUACAUAGAUGCACAGAGACUGGCGCACUGCUCCACUCAGGAGCUCUCUAUGACAGAAAUCAGAGUUCAGAAGGCAGAGCAGCAGAGAAUUCACAUGAGAGUUACAUGUUGAGCAGGUUACGUGUCGUUGCAUUUAGCUUUAGAGAGGCAGUUUCUGUUUGAGGGCAGAUUUUUGUCUCUUGCUCUGUGUUUUUUGGUCACAGACACAGUUGUUGCUGUGGAGAAGCAGCUUCUUUUUUUUAGUUGAUUAGUUAGUUUUCCUUUUCCUCCCUCCACUGUUUUAGAAGCUGCUUUUUGACCUUUUGCCACCAUGUGGGAGUUCAGGUCCAUGUCGUUCUGGCGAGCAGUGUUCGCCGAGUUCUACGGCACCAUGUUCUUUGUGUUCUUUGGGCUCGGGGCGGCCCUCCGCUGGACCACCGGGCCGCACAAUGUUCUUCACGUUGCCUUUUGCUUUGGGCUGGCGGCUGCCACAUUCAUCCAGUCCAUCGGCCACAUCAGCGGAGGACACAUCAACCCGGCCGUCACCUUCGCCUACCUGAUUGGUUCUCAGAUGUCCCUAUUCCGUGCUUUCUUCUACAUCAUGGCUCAGUGUCUCGGAGCGCUGGCUGGUGCUGCUGUGCUCUACGGGGUCACACCCAGCAACAUGAGGGGCAACCUGGCACUGAACACGCUGCAGCCCGGCAUCAGCCUUGGUAUGGCCACUACGAUGGAGGUUUUCCUCACCCUCCAGCUCGUUGUCUGCAUCUUCGCAGUGACAGAUGAGAGGCGCAACGGACGCCUGGGCUCUGCUGCUUUAGCCAUCGGCUUCUCUGUGCUCGUGGGGCAUCUUCUCGGGAUGUACUACACCGGAGCAGGUAUGAACCCAGCAAGGUCUUUCGCCCCGGCUGUCCUGGUCAGGAACUUUGUCAACCACUGGGUGUACUGGGUGGGGCCGAUGAUCGGCGGCGCCAUGGGUGCCCUGCUCUACGACUUCAUGCUGUUCCCUCGCAUGCGCGGCCUCUCUGAGAGGCUCGCCACACUGAAGGGCACUCGGCCCCCGGAGGCAGAAGGCCAGCAGGAGACAAGAGGAGAGCCCAUCGAGCUCAAGACACAGGCCCUAUAAGCCUGGAGCAGGAGAUCGGCUUUCUGACCCCCCUACCCCUCACCCGUCACGCCUCACCCUGCACCCUCAGUUCCUGGUGCAUCCUCAGCCCACACACUGUUUUUGCACACAUACCUCCUCUCCGCCUCCACACAUGCUAACACAGAUGCCCCCGAAACCUUUGUUACCCUUCGUUCUGCAUCCAGAACUGGACCUACUGCAUCACAGUGAAGGGGCGCCCACAGCCCUGAUCGCCUCUCCUGAUCUCACCUCUGCCCAUCCUCCAUCCUCCUCUUCCCCCCUCGGAAUGCAGGACAAAGAUGAUGGGUUAGAAGAAGACUUGCCACUGAAGGAAGCACCCUGCGCCCUGUGGUGUGGGGAGUCAGCCCCUUCCGGCUGACCAGGUGGCUUUAACUGCUCAGGACAGGGGCCGCUAUCUCGAUCUUUCCCUCCCUUUUUCUCUCUCUUUCUGUUUUUUCUCCCUAUUUUGUAGUCUGCUAGGAGUGAAGCUACAGUAGAGCAGUGGACUUCUGCAUGCUUUUCCAUUUUGAUCCAUUUUGAUCUCGCUCUUUGUUUGUUUUGUUUCAUGAACUUUGGGUAAAUUACAUGUAGGUGUUGUACUUUACCGGUAUUUAUUUGGCUUCUCUUUUUUUCCCCUUUUUUUAGUUGUAUGUGUGUGUUUGACAGCGAGAGAGAGAACUGAGUGUGUGAGUGUGCAUGCAUGUCUGUGCGCAUGUGUAUGCUUGCGUGCUUGUUUUAAGUGAUCAUUUUUAUUUUUCUCUUUUCAUUGCCACAAUCCUUUUGUCUGUAUCAUGAUUUUAUUUUAUUUUAUUUAUUUUUGGUUUAUCAUGCAAGCUUAUUUUAGGGAAAGAUGCUGCCUUUUCAUUGCCCUCACUGAUACUGCAAAAGUUUAAUACACAAAUUCAACCAAUUCCAUGUUUAGAGUGAUCCCAUUUUUAUGUGACAUUGAAAUAAUCUACACAUCUGAGUCACGUCUUAAAGCUAAAAUCAAAAAGUUCAGAGUCUGUGUCUCAUCUAGUGACGCACAAACACACACACACACACACACACACACACACACACACACACACACACACACACACACACACACACACACACACACACUCAUUUAAAUAAACAAAACCACACAAAACUACUUGGUCUUUUCUGAGCUCAGUCGUUAAUGAAGGUACUUAAAAUGAUAAUUUUACGCCCAAAUCUGUGCCCCUUUGUGGGAGAUCUGCAGGUUUGUACCUCCUUUUAACAACUUAUACAGUAUUUGUGUUGGGUUACUGACAGAAGUUUGUCGCCAAAGCUUUAGAGCAGCAUUUCUCACAGAUUCGUGUACAGGUGUGUAAUAUUUGGUUUGCUUUUACUUUUGCGUGCCUGCCAUGGAAAAACAAAGAGAGCAAACCUGACAAGCUGUCACAAGGAACAAGCGUUUUCUAGUUGAAUUGUGUUGUUUGACAUGACUGAAGGGUCUUUGUACAUCAACUCAAGGUUAGACAUGAAAGAGUGCAUGAGGUGUGAUGGCUUCUUGCUGGUGUUGGCAAACACCUUCUCUUUUCUGGACUGAGCUGGGCGGCUCUUUGGGAGUGAGAUAGUUUCACUGGACAAGGACCUCUUUGAUAUUUGGGAGAAGAGCGAAGGUCAUCGCCAGGAAAUCUUUAGUGUGUUUGUUCAGGGUGGUAGACGUACACCUUCAUUUUCAGACAGUCUACACCAGAGAGAAUGAACUUUGAGGUUGAACUGGCCUGGCGUCCCCUCCCUCCUCCAUCCCUCCUUCACUCACCCUACCUCCUCCCUUUGUUUACGAGGCAGCCAUCUUGUUCUGCUCUAAUGAGGGGACAUCCACAGCUGCUGGGAUGGAGGGAAGGGGACAGGCCCGCUGAGAUAACUUAGUGUUUUACAAAUUUCACCCGAGCAGUUGUUGAACCAGACAUGUAAGCUGAUUCUCUUUCUGCUUCUUCUACAUAACCUUUUUUUCCCCCGUGUGAUUUCCCUGGCAGUGGUUGAGUAGAAAUUACAUUUUAAUGACAUGUUGAAAUUAGAAUUUGUUUUCUAAUGGAAAAGCUUUGUGAUGUACAGUGUAAAGUUUUCUUUUUUAAAAAAAAAAAACACAUUUCAUGAUUGUUGAAACUGGAUGGACAGGAAGUAUGACAUGCUAGUGACACAAUGUCUCCUCUUUGGCUGAUGGAUUAUGGAAGUGAUGCCAGUUUUGUUACACAUCAAUAUGCUUUGAUUCAAUGGACAGCCUUCAUGGUAACAGGCAUACCUUCCCAAUCAAAAUGCCAUUGAUUCAUUAUUUUUAUAUGUCAAAAAAAAUCUGAAAAAGUUUUCAAUUCCUUUUUGUCUGUUUUCUUUUAGACUCAAUGUAGAAAAAUAAAUAGAUGGUUCCAGACAAGACA